AUGAUUGAGCAGAUACUCGACGAGCUGGACGACCAAGGCGAUGCCGUCCAAACACUCAAAGAUUGUGCGCGCGUAUGCAGCGCGUGGCUCCCGAGGGCUCGCUAUCACCUCUGGCGCAAGCUGACCAUCGACCACCCAGAAAAGAUCACAUUGAUGAUUGAAGCUUUUAACCAUGCCCCCGAACUCUGCAAGCUCGUCCGGACUGUUCGUCUGAGGGCCAAAGACUGCCCGCGGGAUACGAACUUCCCUUACGUCGCACCGGUCAUCCUCCUCCCGUAUCUUGCCCACAUCGACACCUGGGAGGUUCAACACACUCUUCAGUUCCCGCUUUGCAUGCUGGCAGCUCUCCGACAGUACACGGCGGUGAGAAAAUUGGUUCUCGAAUGCCGCAUGGGAUACCUGCCGUCCUCCGUCCUACAACUGGGCAAGUUGCUCUGCGCGUUCCCCGCCCUGCAAGAGUUGAGCGUGUCCGCCGAUAUGUUCGGUAAUAAUGCAGCCGAAUCGAUCAUGAGGUCGUUGCAAAAUCGGGUGCGCCUCCGUUUACAAAAGGUCAAGCUUCAACUACACUCAUCUCCCUCAAGCCUACUGCACGCCUUUGUCGCAGCUUGCGCAUCAAAUGUGGUGGAUCUCACACUCGGGGCGCAUUCGUUAGGUGCUGAAGGCUUAGAUAUGAGCAACUUUCCGUGCCUCGAGCAUCUUACGCUCCAGGUCAAGACAGACGACAUUCGGAUUCUUCGUGAACUCCGGGCUUUCCCUACGAUCAACGGACUCCUUGACCUCGGGAUCCCACGAUCGUUGCGGUCUUUGGACAUCGUCAUCAAUAGUGAAGCCUUAUACUGGUUUGGUGUUGCACUCCACCAGGACCAACUAGCCACCAUCUCCAAAUUCACACGACUGAUCGAGAACCACGACUGUCUGCGAGCCCAUGGAGUCACCUGUACUGUAGAGAGCUCGAAGGAAAAUUAUACGAACAUCUGGGUGUCGACGCUAGAGCAGGUUUUCUCAUCACUCCACGAUCAGGGCUUGUUGCGAAUCGUGUUCACCCAUCCAACGCGGAGAAACGAGCGACUUUUGGGACACACGGGCAUUGUCGAUAUCAUGACCACGUCUCAAGGAGAACAAUGGGCGGCAAGCAGUGCAACUCUGCCAGGACAAAUGAUCCCAGUCCUACGGUCCGUGAUCGUCUGGGAUAUGCAUACCAACCGCACGCCUACAUUCGCAUUGGAGUACUUGUUUCAGGACGAAAUGGCGUAUUCCAGAGACCUCUUUCUCAUCUUCGCUCCUUCUGGAAAUCGCCUUAUGUAUUUCGCAAAGCUCACAUACCAAGUCUGGGUGUUCGACCUCCCACGCAGAGGUGAUAGGACGAGUGGUAACCAAGCGAAACUCCAUGCUCAAACCGACAUCACCCAGCUCGGGCGCAUCCUUGGGGCCGCUUGGACUCCAGAUAGCACUCACAUCGUCGUCUCGAUAGAGACGGGCGACGUGCACCUCUGGGAUGCCGAAACUUUGACGCAUGUCCGUGCCCUCACCUCUUCCCCUCUCUCGACGAUUAUCCCGGGCCCUGAGUAUAACCAGUACACCUUUGCCUCUCUCUCCCUCUCCGUCGACGGUAGAACCGUCCUCUGUCACUUCUUCGACUCCGUCCUCGAACACUUCCCCAGGCCCCUGGACUUCCACGACCACGUCUUCACCUGGAACCUGGCGUCCGGAACUUGUCGCCUCCGCCGCGUUGCGUACAACCCCGACGCCGUCUCCACGUCCGCUGCCUUGUGGUCCGGCAGCCACGACGUCGGCGUCGACGUCCUCACGCUCACAGUCUCUGGCAAGCUCCAAAGGCUCGAGUCUGCCGCCGACGAAGAUCGAGACGAGUCCGCGCCUCCCCCAGCCUCCGCCGUAGGCUCGAUCAUCCAUCCGUUUUCGUCGUCCCUCCUCAACGAAAACGGAUGGAUAAUCGAGCCUACCUCCGCCGCGGCGCAGUGGAGGACGGUUCUCGCCGAAUGCGGCCAGAUGCUCGCGCUCUCCACCGACGGCACCCGCGCCCUGUGCCACGCGAGCUCGGGUCCCGGUGCGCACACCUACUCCAUCGUGGACACCGCGACCGGGGAGCCGGUGUACCCCCCUCUCCGGACACGCUCCGAGCUCGGCGUCUUCACGCCCUCGCCCGGGUCGUUCUCGCGGGAUGUCCAAGCGUUGGCCGUGAGCUGCGAUGGUCCAGGCGUCGGAUGGCGAAGCCCGUUGUGGUUCUGGAGGGUCCAGGAAGGACGGCUGUACCGCAUCCCGGUGUCCAAACACGUUUACGCGGGUUCUAUGGUGUUCGCGGACGCCGGAUCGUGGAUCAUGUUCUAUGAUACGGAAGAGAAGGAGGUGCGAUUCUACUCCAUAUUCGACCAGGACAUGGAGGAAGCAGAUGUCGAGUAG